AUGUCUUCUUCAGUGUCUCAUUCAUUGCCACCAAAACUACCUCCUAUUACUUCGCUUCCAUGGUCUAGUAACCAACAAACCCAAUCAUCACAUCCUCAGCACCCACCACCACCUCAUCAUUCAUUACCACCGACAACAGCAUCAUACAGCAUAUCACCCACUCCGCCAUCAUCAUCAUCAUUGACAUCACCUACAUCAUCUGAAGCGAUCCUUGCAGAAAAACGUCGUCGAAAUGCAGGUGCAUCAAGUCGUUUUCGUGAAAGACGCAAACAGCGUGAGCGAGAACUUCAGGAACGUGUAUUAUACCUUGAGCAGCGAGUGCAGACCUUGGAAAUGGCGCUCCAUCAAUAUGAUCCCGAUCAUCCACAGCUGGCAUCCAAUAAGGAUAAAAGGGGAUCAAGUAGUAUUAUCCAGGCACAUCAUCAUAGUAGCAGCAACGACUUGAGCAAUCGAGUCUCGCAGCUUGAGACCCUCAUGACGCGGUUUCGGCAAGAAAAGGAGACUGAUUCCGAAAAGCUGACAUUACUUGAACGCGAGAAUCGAUACCUGAAAUCCUUACUUGAAUCAAAGAAAAGUGAAUAA